AUGGCUGCCUCAACAAUGGCUCUCUCCUCCCCUACCUUCGCCGGAAAGGCCGUGAAGCUUUCUCCAGAAAUCCUCGGAAGCGGUCGUGUGACAAUGAGGAAGACCGUUGCCAAGCCAAAGGGUCCAUCAGGCAGCCCAUGGUACGGAGCCGAAAGAGUUAAGUACUUGGGUCCAUUCUCCGGCGAGCCACCGAGCUACCUUACCGGAGAGUUCCCAGGAGACUACGGAUGGGACACUGCUGGUCUCUCAGCUGACCCCGAGACGUUUGCAAGGAACCGUGAGCUAGAAGUUAUCCACUGCAGGUGGGCCAUGCUCGGAGCCCUAGGCUGCGUCUUCCCGGAGCUGUUGGCUAGGAACGGAGUCAAGUUUGGUGAGGCGGUUUGGUUCAAGGCCGGUUCACAGAUCUUCAGCGAAGGAGGACUUGAUUACUUGGGAAACCCUAGCUUGGUUCAUGCUCAAAGUAUCUUGGCUAUUUGGGCCACUCAAGUGAUUUUGAUGGGAGCCGUUGAAGGCUACAGAGUUGCUGGAGAUGGACCGUUGGGAGAGGCCGAGGACUUGCUCUACCCAGGAGGCAGCUUCGACCCAUUGGGCUUGGCUACGGAUCCAGAGGCCUUUGCGGAGUUGAAGGUGAAGGAGAUCAAGAACGGAAGAUUAGCUAUGUUUUCUAUGUUUGGAUUCUUUGUUCAAGCUAUUGUCACUGGUAAGGGACCUUUGGAGAAUCUUGCUGACCAUUUGGCUGAUCCAGUCAACAACAAUGCGUGGGCUUUUGCCACCAACUUUGUUCCCGGAAAGUGAGCCAAGUUCUAUCUGUUUGAUGUUUGAUUCUGUCUUUUGAAUUUGAGUGAGAGUGAGAAAGAGGAGAACGAGUUAAAGGUUUGUGUUUGUGACUAAUGGACUUUCAGAUGUAUAAGUUUGUCAGACUUUCUAUGCUUUUAUCAUUAAUCAAAUAACUCAUUUUCUCUCGAUUUAUAUUUGUAUCAGCUAAACAUUUAUUCAGUUUAUGUUAUAUACAUUCUUUGUG